AAACACCUUUGGUUCGACGACGGCACGGUCAUCAUUGUCGCCGGCUCCUCCAGCGCCUUUAAAGUCUACAAGGGCAUUCUCGCUUCCGUUUCAUCAGUCUUUGCCGACCUCUUUUCCCUUCCACGCUCUCAAGAAGACAGCGUCCUGGAAGGAUGUCCUGUGGUGCGAGUACAAGACUCUGCAAUUGACAUGGCACACUUCCUCACUAUAGUGUUUCGCCCUGGGCAUGAUGGUCUCAAGGGUGAACAACAACACUGCCAAUUCUCUGAACUAGCCUCUUUACUACGCCUCGCGCACAAGUACGACGUCGCAGACGCGAUCGCGAUCGCGGUAGACCGUCUCACGAAACGUUUCUGCGACCCCUUCCAAUCCAAGCUUGGCGCUGUCGUCGACUGGGACGAGAUCCAAACACACCUGACCACGUCCUCCGGCGUCACCUUUGACCCCGCCGACGCGGUCGAAGCCCUCAAUCUCAUGCGUCUCGUCAACUCGUCGUUCGCCCCAACAUCGAACUCCCCGCGCUUCCCGGACAGCGCGGUCGCGGUCGCGAUCUUCUACUGCUGCAUCGCCCUGGAAUCCAACCCGCGCGUCCUCCGCGUCGGCGCGCCGCGCGCGGACGGCACGGUGGAGAUGCUCAGCGACGCCGAUUUCGACCGGUGCGUUCGCGCG